AUGUUGAACCAGCAGGAUCCCCACCAAGUGGACGACUCUUGGUUCCUCAGUCCACAGGAGACUCUUCAAUGUCUAAAAGCUUCGCUACAUCCUCAUGGCUUCCUAGCUGUCGCUUCGCUCGCGAAAGACGCCCUCAGCCAUCCAGAGAAACAAGCCAUCUAUGCCUUGGGCCUUCUGUUUCCGAUGCAGUCGUCAAGAGUACUUGCGCCUGAAGAAGUACGAAAGAAAGAACGCGAGGCCAAAGCUUUGGAGGGUUUCCUUGCGGAAAUGCGUGAACGGGUCAAGGACAAGGCACCAGACGUCAAGGAAGGUGGUGAAAAAGAUGAUCGUGACAGGUUUACACGCAGCAGACUUGAACAACGCCCUUCUGAGCAUGAGGAGCCUGAACUUGAAGAGUCUGAGCAUGAAGAGUCUGAAUAUGAAGAUUCUGAACGUGAAACGUCUGGACCUGGCAAUCGUAGCCAGAAAAAGAGGAAAGCAAGAUCAGAGCCGAACCUAGACGAAGAUGACACCUCAGCACUCCAUAAGAAGACCAAAUCAACUCCCUCUGUCACCAGAAAGAACAACAACGUGGCAGACCUAUUAGCUGAUUCUUCGAGACCUACAACCACACGCAAGCAAAUGGGCCGCCCCCGCAAAACGCCAGGUAGGCAGCGCACAAGCAACGCCAACUUUAACCCCUACUCAAAGAUGUGGCACUCUAUCCGCCGCCUCGAAAGCCUCUCUCUGCACCCCACCGUGGCCUCCCUGUUGGAGCAGCCAGACUUCUCACCCGAGCUGCUGCUCGAGGCAAAAGGGGAGCCGGUGUUGAGUUUAAUGUAUGCCCAAAAUGGCGGGUUGAAUGCAUCAGCAACAACGAGUUACGUGAACCUGGGAGAGGGUAUAGCGGCAGCCUUUCUCUACACCACGACAUCCCAAUCGAGGGACGUGUAUGGGCGUCUCCGUAGCCUUUUUCUUGCCCUCUUCUUUGGGGAUUAUGCUGAACAAGCAUUUGGCAAGGGAGGUCAUAUCAACAAGCGAAAAAGCAGGGAGAUGGUGGAGGGUUUGAUGCAGGGGUCUGCGGGUGGGCGAUUGAAUGGCAUUACAGAAAACGACAUGGCGGAGAAGAUGAUGGAAGAUAUUCCUAAGAUGGUGGCCCGGGGAAAGGUGCUGGAUGUGUUGUGUGAGCGCUUUGGCGUUGGAUCGUUGUUUUGGCUGCAGGAGUGUUUGACUGAGAACUGCCUCGACCGCAACGCUCCAACCUCUGGCGCCUACUUCGACUCCGCGAUGAAGAACCUCAACGAUCUCCAUCUCAGCGCCCAGGUGAAGAAGAGCGGUGCUGACAAAGUAGGCAAUCAAGUGAGGGCGGAGUUAGCACGUGUCUUCGGGGGCAAGGGAAAGGGACCGGCCAAGACACGGAAAAGUGGGAGAGGGAAGAAGGUAGUUGCCGAUAGUGAAGACGAAGAUGAAUAUGAGGAGGAGAGUACGGAGGAAGAUGACGGUGAGAUCAGUAACGAUGAUGAAUGA